GCUAGGCAACAGAACUUGAAACCGUUCGGGGAUAAAUUCUUGAGCUAAAACGUUUCGGUUUUGCUUAACGCGGCUAUUAAGAAACCGGGCUGAAGAAACCGGUAAGAUGGAUUUAACAGAAGAAAACAACUCAGACCAACUAAUAUAUGAACUGAUCCACCAAAACACAUCCAGGUUUCCACCUAGGAAACUAAAACCCAUUGAACAAACCACAAAGGGCUGUCUACAAGAGAUUUCAUAUCCCCCGACCCCGCCGCGCGUAAAGCUCUUCCGCAGAACCAUACAGGGAGGACCAUUAGCCACCAGACGGCCCUUAUGGAGGGUGACAGACCCAGAGGUUAUCAAAGCCAUGGUUCAUGGCAUCAGAACCAGCUCAACUGACUCUCAGGGCGAUGACUUGAUAUAUCCUCCCGAAAAGUCAAUCUUCCAGCACAAGAUAAAUGAACUCAAUGAGUCUGUUUAUGCUUCGAGUAAAGUUCUGCUGGGCCGGACACCUGCCCCAUUUUCUGAGCUUCCCGACUGGAUCAACGAAGGGACUACAUUUGGAGAUAAAGUAGUUAGAGAAUAUGAGAUGGGUGAAGUCUUGUUCCCUCCAAAAACAGCAGAGGAGUUGGCGUUAGAAGCCAUGAACAUUGGAAAGUUUGAUUUUAGUGACGUCCAUAAAGACAAGACAUUUGGGAAUCCCACACCACACUGCAACAAUGGUCGUUAUGCUGCCAAAACUAUUCACUGGAUAGGAGAACCAUACAAGUUUCACAAUCCAAAUCCUGUUUGGAAAAGAUCUGGAAACAAGGAAAAGUUGGCAUUGGAAACUGGCAACACCAGUUGCCUUCGUGGGAGGAAGAAAACUCCUCUGCCCGUUCCACCUGGCCACACAUUUGGAUAUGCCCCUCCAGUGGAUCCAUGGGGAGCUGGAGAUCUUCUCCACAACGCAGAGCCGGGGACGUUUCUUCGAGGUCCAGACUGGCAGCGAAGUGCGAUUGGUGUAGCAAGACAAUUCCUCAAGAAGGUCAACUUUAACAACUUCUCCAGUCUGUUGAAGGCUUUCCAAUAUUAUGACAAGAAAGGAAGGGGCCUGAUCGAUAGAGAAGAUCUGUGGUCAGUUUGUCGUGAGUUCAACCUGACCCUGAAUGGCAAACUUCUGGAUGAUCUGAUGGAGUACUGCGAUGAAGACAAAGAUGGAUUCCUCAACUUCGUGGAAUUUGCAAAUUUUCUAACUUAUAAGGACAUGAUGCCCAUCCGCGAGACUCAUUUUGGAUUACCUCCAAUCAGCAUGAAUGACAUGAUUUCAUCAGAUCUGCCUAAAUUUAUUCCCUCACUGGCCUUGUAUGGGCCUGACGACCUGGUGCCAGUGGAGCCAGGCAGCUCAAAGAAUAUCAUCAGGACCAUCAGGAAACCCAGACGAGAUGCAGACUACGUGUCUUCCACCAGUGAAGAGCUGCCCACAUCUAGUGGUCGCAUCUACGGGAUCCCAUCCAUACGCUACGACCUUCUGCCUCCACUCGUCAGACGAAUCAGCGACAGGACGGACUACGGGGAUUUAGCCACACUUCCAGAGCUCCUGCAUCCAUCACUGCAUGAUUUCCAUGGAGUUGACGCGAAGCAUUACUUCGGUCCUCGAACCAAGCAGGAGAUUGAGGAGAUUUUCAAAAAUAUCGGUGUGAACAUUUCUGACGAGAUGUUUGAGGAGGCCUGGAAGCUGACGUCCAUGAAGAAACCCAGCGGGGAAGUUUCUGUCGAGCUUUUCCGUCAGACGCUAAAGGAACUAAAUGCAAUUUAAAUUUUUGUAAUCAUACAAAGUGUUGUACGAUUACAACACAUUGUUGGGACAAGCCCCUUCUUGUCAGAAGCCGCCAGAACUGGUGUCAAAGCCGCCAGUUCUUCUUCUUUUAUAGACGUAUCUGAUUAAAUCUGUCCUAUAGCUUUUGAGACACAGACCUCAAAAUCUGUAAAUUUAAAUAAAAAGUAUAAAGCACAAAUAAUUCCUGAA